AUGAGCUUGUAUGAAUAUCACAAGUGGCAGGACUGGCCACGACCAGGACACUUUCCUUACUAUGUUGGCCGUACCUUUACUAUCCGGCGCCACCGGGCGCCACCGCCAUUUAAAAAUAAGUAUGCAUUCACCAAUGGAAUGCGGCAACAUCAUGAUUACAGCCGGGGACCUCUGGGACUCACGAAACUCGAACGAUGCCUGCGACACCCACCGCAAGAGUGGCCUCUAGACGAAGAAGGCGAUGCAGAGGAGGGCGGAGACGAGGAUGGCAAUAAUGCAGGUCAAGAUGAAGGUCAAGACGGAGGUCAAGAUGCAGACGCGGUGUUUGACCGGGACGGGGUAUACACACUGGAGAUUGUCGAGGAGAUUGUCGCUCGCGACGGCCAUGGCGCCCAGAUUCUUCGCUGCCGCGUGGAAAGCGUCCAUAGCUCCGACAAGCCCGCACCCGAAUCCCAUUUUGUCGCCAAAAUCUACGAUGCAGCUUACUACCGAGACGACGCCGACUGGUUUGGUGACUUAUCGUUCGACGCGGACGGGGACUAUGCGUCCGAAGGACAUGCGUACGAGCAUCUGUGCACGGUAGGCGCCAAUGGUCGGUACACGCCGCGGUAUUAUGGCUCGUGGACAUUUGACUUGCCGGUGCCGCCGAAGGAAGAAGACACGGCCUCGGGUUUGGACUCCGGCCCAAUGCCGCUUCCAGGCUUUGUCCCAGGCUACACUCUGAUCGCCCCGCCCAGGACGCGCCCUGUGCGUCUUAUCAUCAUCGAGUACCUCGCUGGCAGCAGCAUGUAUGCCAUGCUGGUCAAGGGCGUUGUUGACGCAAUGCCCAUUCCGCGACGCCUGGAGGUGAUGGCGAAGACGAUGGAGAGUCUCUGCCAGCUCGAGUUUCUAGGGAUCGAGCACAAGGACUUUGAGCCCCGCAAUGUCGUCCUUCUUGAUGCUGCCCCCAAGACGAACGGGCCCUCGACACCUCCGGCACCGCCAAACACAAUCACGACGAAGACAACGACAACGACGUGGCGACGAGAUCGGCAGAACGAGGUGCGCUGCCCCAUGCACCGAUUCUGGCGCCGGUCGCAAGAGCAGUUUGCGGCGUGGAUACCACACGUCUACCACAUGCGCCUACCGGCGUUCAACGGCUGGCUCAAGCACCGCUGGGCCAGCCAUGUCGACCGCUAUUACACGCCUUCGCCAAAAGAGCGUUAUUAUAGCGGCCUCGACGACGCCACCGAGUACAUUCCUCCCGAGUCGAUAACCUUGCCUGAGACCCGGAUUCCCGGUAGAAUUCUCCACUCGUUUGACCCAGAUUAUGGAAGGGAGCCACUGGAUUAUAAAAAAUAUGUAAAGGAGAAGCUUCGAAGUAUGGGCGGAGGUAGUGCAUAA